AUGGCGUCUCACAAUCCCAUCGCCGUGGUGUUUGGCUCCGCGCCCACCGGCAACAGAGAACCAUGGAUCUCCGAGGACUACUUGAACCAGACCUUCGCGACGCUCGAGGCUCACAAGGUCAAGAAACUCGACACGGCCCAGCUAUACGGCAACUCGGAGCAGCGGCUUGGCGAGCUCAAGGCCGGCGACCGCUUCGUCAUCGACACCAAGUGGACAGGCGGCUGGGUGCCCGGUUCUGCGAAUAAGGAAAGCAUUGUGUCGUCGGCGAAGGAAAGCCUGCGGAAACUGGGCGUUGAGCAAGUCGACAUUUUCUACAUCCACUCCCCGGAUGCGCAGACCCCGCUGGAAGAGACACUGGAGGCGGUCAACGAGGUGUACAAGACUGGCGCAUUCAAGCGAUUCGGCCUGUCCAACUUUCCCGCCGACGAGGUGCAAAAGGCCUACGACAUCGCCAAAGCCCAUGGCUGGGUCCUGCCCACCGUCUACCAGGGCAACUAUAACCCCGUGGCACGCAAGCAGGAGACCGUGCUGUUUCCCACACUGCGCAAGCUCGGAAUCGCCUUCUACGCCUACAGCCCGCUCGCCGGCGGGUUCUUGACCAAGACCGUCCAGCAGGUCCGCGAAGGCGCGGGCCGCUUCACCGAUAACCCCAUCGGCAAAAUAUACGUCGAUUUGUAUGCGCGACCGUCCCUGCUCGAUGCGUUGGAGAAGUGGGCUCAGAUCGCCGAGGAUGAGGGUGUUUCCCGUGCAGAGCUUGCUUAUCGCUGGGUCGCGUCCAACUCGCCCCUCAAGCCUGAGUAUGGCGAUGCGAUUAUUGUCGGCGCCAGCUCGGUCCAACAGCUCGAUCAGACUCUGGGAGGGAUUGAGAAGGGAGGCUUGAGUGACAAGGCGUCGCGGGCUAUUGAUGAGAUCUGGGAGCAGGUCAAGCAUGAGGCUCCGCUGGACAAUUUCUCUAAAUGA